CACCAAACUGAUGACAGUGCUUUAUCUACUCUCAGACAUUUCACAUCCACCGGAAGAAGGUUUUCUGACUGUGACAAUGUUUAAAAUACACCUCGUGUGGAUAGUGCUUUUCCAACUACACCACUUGGAACUGUGCUCUGCACAGGGUAAGAAGUUUGUCUGCAGCUACUCCCCAACGAAAGCUACCCAGAUCGGUUACCAGCCUGAUUACAUUCCGUUGGAGGUUUGUCCGUAUGUGAUCGUCAAAGCGUUCAGCUUCCCAAGUGUCGUCGGGCGGCAGAUGUUGUUCAGUGACAACGACAAGAUAGCCUUUAGCCGUGUGGUUUCCAGUGUGCGAAAACGAUCUAGCACAGUUCGCGUCGUGGCGUCCAUCGAUGGAUACGCACGAGACUUUACCAUAACAUCCAGCGCGAUCGUGCGCAGAAAAGCAUUCGUGCAAGCCGCGGUCACGUUGCUGCUUGAGCUGGAUGCAGAUGCAGUUGAGCUGAACUGGAUGUCACCAGGCAAUAGUGGAGUUGCAUCAGGCGAUGGACUUGAUCGCAUUACAAUGGUGCAACUCCUGCAAGAUCUUCGCCAAGCGGUGAAUGCAGCCAGCAAGAACAUUCCAAAUCGGCAGCGAGAGCUAUGGUUCCGAGGAUCGCUGCAUCCAAACGUGAUCGACAGUGCGUACAACAUGCUCGAUCUGUGUGAGCUGGUCGAUCACGUCACGCUCGAUCCUAACACGGCCGAGUCGUUGGAAAAUGCGCAUGCACCGUUGCGCGGCACACCGCAGGCGUUACCCGUACAAAUCCCGAUCCUCACCCAAAUAUUUGGCGAUGUUAUUGAACCGGGGACAGGAUUUAACACUACCACACAGCGCUGGAUUAAUGCAGGAUGUCCUCCGAAGAAGCUGCUGCUUGGAAUCGGUUUGCAUGGGAUCAGGAAAGCUUACUCGCCGGGCUUGAGGUCAUUUCUAGGUGACAGAAUUGGUUUGGACACAGCUGAUACCAGAUACCUGGAACAUCGUGAGCUCUGUAAAACGUUAAGAGAAGAUGGUUGGAACUAUGCCUGGGAUGGCUAUGGUGGCAUGCCAUACGUGACACGAGCGCUGCAGAACGGACAAAUGGAACGGAUUAGCUAUGAAGAUUUGGACUCGCUGCGUCUCAAGAUGGAUAUGGUGGAGCAGAAGCGGUUCGGUGGCAUUUACAUCGAUUAUGUGCACUCGGACGACAUCUAUGGACGUUGUGGACAACCAUACCUUAUGAUCGCUUACUUAUCCAGUAGAGUACGCUCGAUACCGUCCGACAUUGGAUUUGCCAUAGAAUGGAAUCAAUAGCGCCAGGGCAAAAGAUUGUGUAGAAAGGGAACUAUACUAAAUCAUCUUGUAACGUUAAUGUUUCGAAAGUGUAUUUACAUUAUUUGCAUUUGCAGUAUUUGCAAAAAAAUAAAAUGUACCAUGCCA